AUUAAGUUAUCACUACUUCUUCUUGGUCGGAGUAUGGACUAUCAAGCUACGUAGCCAGGUCUAAGUUAUAACAAUAGUUUCUGAUUGCAAGAUGUGGUAGCGGAAACUCGACAAUUCAUCAUGUUUCUCUAUUGAAUAAUGUGAUGGGAAAUUUUUUGACACUUUAUCCUUUAGGAGAUAAUCAGAUAGUUUUCAUGAAGAAUAGAAACCGGAAAGACUCGAAUGAUCGUCUGCUACCACAAGUCCAACUUGACACAGAGCACAUCAAAAAGAAACUGCGGAGAUGUCGAUACCUUAAAAAGAUUAUCUACGCAGCCACUAUUUUAUUUAUCACCAUCAUUAUCUACGCUUCCACCAGUUCAGAAGAAUAUAUACAAGAAACGAACAAAGACUGGCAACUUCCGCUCGUAGCUCAUAAUAAUUAUCCAGUAGAUGCGAGGCUAUAUGAGCCUUUAACGAGGUUACCAAUUUUACCUCUUGGACCUUUCAAAGAGGACCAGCCGUCCGUAGUCAUUGAGUCUGGUGAAGAUCCUGUCAAUUCGGAGUCUGCGCAUGCCGCUGCUGUAAUAAACAAAGUCGUCCGGUCUUUACCUGAGGUAGCUGCAAAUAUAUCCAAACUUGGGCCUCCUGGACUUGUGAACCGAUCUGCGGCAGUGUCUGUUCAAGGUCCACCAGCAGUCCCAGUCCCUCAGCCUAUUGUGUCAAAUCACAUUGUAGCAAAACCAACUUCCAGGGCCCCUAUUGGGCACGCGCAACAAUCAGGACCAUCCAGGCCAUUGCCUGAUCUCGUUAAAGUCAGCGAGGAGGUAGCAAGGCGUCUUAACCACACUAAAAUCAUGUGUGACUUCCUCAAAGUUCCAAACAAAGUAGACUCGGACAUAUACUAUCUGCCCCAGUACAACUUAUCUUACUGCAAGGUGCCCAAGGCGGCUUGUACAUACUGGGAGCAAAUGUUUUCAUUCUUGAACAAGGUGUCACACGAAAUAGCGCAACUGGGCAUACGGUCGCCGUUCCAGAUCUCAAAGUACGACAUCCGGUAUACAAGUCACCUCAACCUGCCCAGAAAGAGCUUCAGGUCGGAGGAGGACCAGACUGACAUCUUGAAGACCACGCGUGUUCUUUUCGUGAGACACCCGUUGGAGAGACUCUGGAGCUGUUACCUGGAAAAGUUCUUUCUGAUUGACUUCUGGACCAGCGCUGGGAUAGCUAUGAAAACUUCCGGUGCAGAAACAAAGUGUCCAAAAUCUAUAACUUUCAGGGAGUUUGUGGAGUACACGCUUCCUCUGUACAAUGAGCACUGGGCGCCUGUCACUGAACUGUGCAACCCUUGCAUUUUUCAACCCAACAUCAUAGGGCACGUGGAGACUAUCAGGGACGACACCCACCUGAUACUCAGGCAGUCCAAGUUAGACUGGAUCGUGUCCGAGCAGGAAAAAAUCUCCCGCGAGGAGAAUCAGAUGCUGGACACCAUCAUCUACAACUACCAGAUCCACAGCAUCAACUGGUACAGCUUCUAUCAUAAAUGUUUGUCUCAGAAGGAACUGGCUACAAAGCUGUGGGAAGUCUUCAAGAAAGUGGGCUACCUAUCGUCUCACGCCGUCUUGCCGGAAACGCUCAGCGAUUACAACCAGACGACAAUCAUUCUGGAACUCAAAUCUCAGUUCCGGAAAUUUCCGCUAAGCUCAGCCAAUGGCCGUGCUCAACAGCUCAAGAUGUUGAAAAGAGACUACGACGCCUUGCCAAAACCUUUGAUGGCUAAAAUCCUUGAGAAAUACAACACGGACUUUUUAUUGUUUGGUUAUAACGCUUCAUUGCCGACAUCGUAAAUCUUUCAUCAACACUUAGUAUGCAUUCACCAAUCAUCUAUUUUUUGUUUAGCCUAAAUUUAUGCAAAACCUAUUACACCUUAUUACACAAA